AUGAACAACAAUGGAAUGGGUCUAGGUGAUCAGCAUGAUGGUAACGAAAUGAAUCGACCUCAACGGGCUGAGGUUCAACCUAUUCGUAGAUCUAGACCCCCUAAUAACUCCGUAUUCGGAGGAUUUUAUCAUCCACAGUAUGGAUUCAUUCCUGCAUUGAAUGAUAUUCCUCCUGACCAGCAAGCUGCUGUUCUUGCCCAUCUUCAAAACCUUUCACCAAAUCAAGAAUUUUUUAAUCCACCAGUAGAUUUUCAACAUGAGAUAAUUGCGCCACCUUCCAUCAACUACAUUCCCCCAGCUUAUUUCAACAUUCAACAGGAGGUUCACCAACCCCCAGCUCUUCAGCCACCGUUUGGUUUAGUACACAACAUCGAAGGGGGCUCUAUGCGUGAUUAUAAUCCAGCAGAAGAUGUCGGUCUACCUGAAAAUGAACAAGUUCGCCGAACUUUGAGAGAAGAGGAACUGUAUCGCUUAGUUCAAGAGGAUGUAGAUGCAGAACUUGCUCGCCUACAAGAGCGCGCGCCUCCUCGGGUGGAGGAUAUAGUUGAACGAUUCAACUAUGCAAAUUCUUUACACAUGCAUGCAAAUGCAAUACCAAUAGGUGAGUCUUUUCUUGAUGUUUCAGCACAACAAAAUAAUAUGAUAGGAAUCGACCGUAACCAAGCUAUGGCUGCUCUUGAACAGAGCAGACGCAUGGGUAUUGACCCUUAUAUGCUUGCUGCCUUGAAUGAGGAGCGUAAUUUACCGCCUGGCGUAGUAUUUGAUAUGGAACGGUCACCUCAACGACUUCUCAGGAUUGCAGGAUUACCACGAGUAGGCUCAGCAGAUUCUGAUUUGUUCUAUUCCAUGAUGCGCCGAUACCGUUGCGCUCUCAUCGCUGAUGAAUUGAACGGCGUACCGUUCGGAUUCAAUAAUCGUGAUACGGCAUCACCCAGCAGCGGUGAUACAUCUGGAAAUUCAUCUGUAAGAAUUGUCACACCUCCACAAGAAGUCGGAAUCUCAGACUCAGUAUCGAGAUCUCCAUCCAUCGCUUACCGCGCAAACAGUUUGUAUAACGAAGAUUUGAACAACUAUGCUGAGGAAUCGGCCGAGAUCGACUAUGAAGACAACGGAGAGAACUAUGAAGAGGAGGAAGAAUGCUCUGAGCAUUCAUUUUACUCUGACGAAGCUGAAGAUAAUGAAGAACCCAUUGCUGAACAAGUCAUGUUCCCUGACGGUUUAGACAAUCCAGAUCCUCCAACGUGCGAGAGUGAAGAAAGUAUAGCUGAGUUUAUAGCUGAGGAUAAUGCUGAAAAUAUGGGAGAGGUUCAGCCGCCUUGCUUCAACGUUGCUGUUCAAACUACUGAUGAAGAAAUGAAUGAAGAUGUUUCGGAAAACGUUACAAAUAGCGUUGCAAACGACCAUAACAACACUAACGACGGCAACGACGAUAUGGAUGAUAACGUUGACAACGCUGAUAAUGAAGAUAACAUCAGUAAUGUUGAUAACGUCAACAGCGUCAAUAACGUUAGUAACGUUGAUAACACCAACAGCGUCAGUAACGUUAGUAACGCCAACAAAAUUUGCAACGCCAACAACAUUUGUAAUGCUACCAACGUUUGUAAUGCCAUCAACGUCUGUAACGCUAACAACGCCAGUAACGUUGAUAACACCAGCAGCGUAAGUAACACUAGUAACGUCAACAACGUCAGUAACGUUGAUAACACCAGCAGCGUAUGUAACGCUAGUAACGCCAACAAUGUCAGUAACGUUGAUAACACCAGCCUCGUAAGUAACGAUAGUAAAGCCAACAAUGUCAGUAACGUUGAUAACAUCAGCAGCGUAAGUAACAUUAGUAACGUCAUCAAUGUCAGUACCGUCAGUAACGUUGAUAACACCAGCAGCGUAAGCAACGCUAGUAAUGGCAGCAACGUCAGUAACGUUGAUAACACCAGCAGCGUAAGCAACGCUAGUAAUGGCAACAACGUCAGUAACGUUGAUAACACCAACAGCGUAGGUAACGCUAGUAACUCCAACAACGUCAGUAACAUUAGUAAAGUCAACAACGUCAAUAACGUUGAUAACACCAACAACGUCAGUAACGUUGUGAACACCAACAACGUCAGUAACGUUAGUAACGCUAACGACGUCAGUAACGUUGAUAUCGAUGUUGACGAUAUCAGCGAUGACUUGCCGAACAUUGCAGCCGAUGAAGAAGCUGAGGUUGAUGCUCCUGCUGAAACAUCUCCAGUUGUCCGCAAAUACCCACCGAGGAAUCGAAUCUACAAACCAUCUUUCAUAGACAUGGUUAUAAUUGCCAUAAAUGCAUCGAAAGGAAAGAAAGCGUCUAAACCAGCUAUUCUUAGUUAUAUUAUAGAGAACUAUAAGUUCCAAAUAAACAAAAGAAAGAUCAACACCAGAGUAUCAUCAGCCAUUAGAGAUUUGCUCGAUUGCAAUCGUAUCAAGAGAACUGGAAAAGGGGGUAAAGGCCUCAAUGGCUCAUUUUUCGUAGUUGGAAAUUUCAUGACUAGAGAAAAGAAAAAGAAACCAGAACCCUCAAAUAAUGAGUCUGCUGCCUCCAGUUCGACUCCAGCUGUUCAACAGACAUCUGAUCCGGCACCUAUUAAAUUUUGGGGUUUAUUCGAGGAUCGGUUUCCUCUACUUCAUGUUAAUCCGAUGUCAAGCCUCCCUCUACCUAAACCAGUGCAUCCCGCUUAUGUGCACAUGAUCAAGAAAGCGAUCAAAGUUCUGGAUCAAGGUGGUGGAGGAGUGGAACUCAUUAAUAUUGUAAACUUCAUUCUACGCAAUUAUGACUUUACAAAUCCAGAAGACGUGGAAAAAGUUGUCACUAAAGCUUGUAGGCGUUUAGUGAAUAAUGGCCAAUUGACUACUUAUGAGAACCGCUAUGUGACAGUUAGAAAGACGAGGGUUAAUAAGGAUCUGAAAGCAAGAGUGGAUAAGCGUUUCGUCAAAAGGAAAGAAGCCAAGCCCGCUAAUGAUGAUUCAACACAGCCCAGCAUAAUUUCUCCUUAA